AUGGGACAGAGCUUCGGGGGGAAGAUCCAUCUGGCCCUCACCCUCCUACUCCUGAAUCUGGGGUCUGCUGUGACCAGAGGAGACCCUUACGGCUGCUAUGGGGUGCCAGGCCUGCCAGGCAUGCCGGGUGUGCCAGGCAAAGAUGGCCGUGAUGGGUUCAAGGGAGCCAAAGGCGAGCCAGGCAUCCCAGCUACUCCUGCAACACGAGGGCCCAAGGGCAUGAAAGGGGAACCUGGCAGUCCUGGCUUGCCAGGCAAGACUGGCCCCAUAGGUGUCUCCGGUCCCCCUGGAUACUCUGGGGUGAUGGGCAUGGCCGGAGAGCCAGGUAUUCCAGGCAGCUACAAGCAGAAGCACCAGUCAGCAUUUUCAGUGACAAGGCAGACCAGUGAACACCCCUUGAAGAAUGUCCCUGUGGUGUUCAACCAUGUCAUCACCAACACGAAUCAUGACUACAACACCUCCACGGGCAAGUUCACCUGCAAGCUCCCCGGCCUCUACUACUUUGUCUUCCACACCUCGCAGACAGCCAACCUCUGCACCAUCCUGUACAAGGACAGCAUCAAGAUGGCCAGCUUCUGUGACCACAAGACCAACACCAUGCAGGUCAGCUCUGGUGGGAUCCUCCUCCACCUGACUGCUGGGAACCGGGUCUGGCUGGAGGUGAAUGACUACAAUGGCAUGGUGGGAAUUGGCAGCUCUGACAGCGUCUUCUCAGGGUUCCUGCUCUUCCCAGACUAG